AUGUCUUUGUUAGCAGAAUCAAAGCGCGUUGCCGCAGAGUUUGAGUACUCAGAUGAGGAUGUGCGAAGAGGUGUUGCGGAAUUCAUCGCGGAGAUGAAUGAGGGAUUGGAAAAGAAUGCAACAAACAUGAGUCAAAUUCCUACAUAUGUUACUGGAGUUCCUAAUGGCACAGAAAAGGGACUUUACCUGGCGGUUGAUCUUGGAGGAACCAACUUUAGAGUUUGCUCGAUUCAGUUGCACGGAGAUACCACAUUCAGUCUCACACAAUCAAAGGUUGCGAUACCAAGGGAGUUGAUGUUGGCAAAGACCGCAUCGGACCUCUUUUCGUUUUUGGCAAAACAAAUCGAACUUUUCCUCAAAACCCAUCACGAGGACCAUUUCGCGGCCCACAUUAGACGUCGUAAUACCGUUAGUACACCGGAAGGGUUCAGGGAUGAGCACAUCUUCAGACUUGGUUUCACAUUCAGUUUCCCAGUUCAUCAAAUCGGUAUCAAUAGAGGAACUUUGAUUAGAUGGACAAAAGGUUUCGAUAUUGCCGAUGCGGUUGGACAAGAUGUAUGUGAAUUGUUACAAAAGGAGAUUGAUAAAUUACAUCUGCCUGUGAAGGUCGCUGCUCUUGUAAACGAUACCGUGGGAACCUUGAUGGCAAGAGCAUACACCUCUCCUGGAAAGGCACAAACCGUACUUGGAGCCAUCUUCGGUACUGGUACCAAUGGCGCCUAUGUCGAAAAACUCGAAAAGUUGACCAAGCCCAUGGAAGGAGAUUUUGACAAGACAACUGGUGAAAUGGUUGUCAACACAGAAUGGGGCUCAUUUGAUAAUGGUCUUAAGGUAUUGCCAAAUACCAUUUAUGACCAAAUCCUUGAUAAGGAUAGUGUCAACCCUGGUAUUCAGAUGUUUGAAAAGAGAGUUUCCGGUAUGUUCUUGGGUGAAAUUCUCAGAACCACUCUCAUUGAAAUGAUGAAGAGCCCGAUCAGCACUCUUUUCAAGGAUAAGUCGUCGGCAGAUAACGAUUAUAGGUCGACUACUAACAUCGAUGAAAAUGGUGCUCUCUUCAAACAGUGGGCUGUCGACAGCUCCAUUCUCUCAAUUGCUGAAGCUGACAACAGCAUUGGUCUGCGCGCCCUUCGCCAAGAACUUGAGAAGUCACUUGGUGUCUCAGCUGCCUCGUUAGAAGAUGCUCAAACUGUCAAAGAAAUUGCGCACGCUAUUGGUAAACGUGCAGCUCGUUUAGCUGCCGUCGCAAUUGGAGCUGUUGUCCUUCACACUGGCCGUCUUGAUAACAUAUCGGAUGCAAACAAACCUAAAUCAACAACCUCUAUCGUUCAGGAUGUUCAGGAUUUAAAGCUUGCCGACGCAGCAUCAGCUACCGCUAGUAAGCUAGCAGAUACAGCAGGCUUGAAAAUCAACGAGGAAGAUAUUAUCGAUAUUGGUGUAGAUGGAUCUCUUGUAGAAUUCUACCCAGGUUUCGAAGAAUAUAUGAGAGAGGCUUUGAGAGCUAUGGAUGGUAUUGGAGCUGCUGGUGAGAGAAGGAUCAGAAUUGGUAUUGCUAAGGAUGGAUCUGGAGUUGGUGCCGCAUUAAUUGCUCUUGUGGCGGCAGGAAUGGAGAAGCAACAAGAUUAUAUUGGAGAUUUGAGAAGUAAGUAUGGUGCUAUUGCCGAAUAG